UCUAGCAGUGAGCGUCGCUCGACAGAAAAAAAACAAAUAAUUUGCAUGUGCAAUAAACCAAACGUAAAUACACUUUGGAAAACUCAGAUCCAGCUGGAAAAUGGCUGCGGCCGGAAACAACGUCCGCUGCAUCAACUACUACGACCUGUGCCGCAUUUGCACGGACAGCAGCGACCACAAGACGAACAUCUACUCGCCCGAGGGACGCGCCAAGAACCUAAGCCACAAGAUCCUCGAGUGUCUCUCGCUGCAGAUCGAUGAAAAGGAUCGCCUGCCCAAGGUGGUCUGCGCCCAGUGCGAGCAGCAGGUGGAGCAGAUCCACGGACUCCGCGCCACCUGCCGCAACUCGCAGACCAUGUUGAGCAACUGCCUCAAUAUCCGCCCGGCGCCGAGCAGCGACAAGCUCUACAUCCGGGAUGCGGUGGACGAGUCGGGGAAGAGUCUCAGCGUGGCGCAAGCAGCGCCAGUACCUUCCGGAGGAGCACAGCAGUCCGGCAAUCUAUUGAACAGCAUCAUCCAGGCUGUGGGUAUCCAGCCCCAGCAGCAGUACACCAUCACAGUGGACAACGGGCUUCAGCAGCAGCAACACCAAUCUACGCCUGAAGUGCCAAUGAAAAGCGAGCGCCAGACAGCGUUGGAGGAGUUUAUUCGCCUCAAGCCAGACAUCAAGAUAACGCCGCUGGGGAAAAAGGAGACCAUUACCACUGUUAAGCCCCAGCAGCCACCCACUCUGCAGCCGCAAUCGGUCCCUACCGUAAACACUCAUCAGUUGCAGUUACAACCGCAGCUGGGAGAGCAACUGCAGCCUCUGUGGCAGCAGAUUCAGCAAUUGCAACUCCAGCAGCAGCUCCAACAGCUCACCAACCAACUGCAGGCUACCACUCAGUACUCCGCGGCCCAGGAAGAUGCCGCCAAUCCUGGCGACAGUAAAAAGCCCAAGUUGAACUUUGUGCUAUCAUCGCCGACGGCGCCACAAUUUACCACCUCGCUGCCGCAGUUCGGGAGUAAUCAACCUCAGAUCCAGCUGCAGCUGAUGCCCGGGGGAGGGACGGGGACGAGUACAACGGCAGCGCCUGCCCCGACACAGUUUAAUGCCGCUGCCCUGCUCUCAAGUCUCGCGGCUCCGCAGUCUACUCCCAAUAUGCUCUCACCGAACAAGUGUUUCUUGCCCAUUACGAUUCGGGAUGAAAAUUCGGACCAGCAGAUCGUGGCCCACAUAGACACCAAAAAUCUAGUCCUGCCCACAACAUACCAGGUGCAAAUGAAGCUACAGCCUCAGCUGGCCACCGCCGACGGCCAGCCCAUCAUGCAACUGACUCCCACCUCAAUUCCGGCCACGUUGCAGCUGACACCGCAGACUCUGGGCAAUCCGGGAACCAGUUUCCAGGGCCCAGCCACUGCCGUGACCCAAAAUCAGUUUCUGGCGCCGCAGCCUCCUCAGACUUUUCAACAGCAACAACCGCUUACUCAACUGUCUAACACGGCCCAAGUAACCUCUCAGCAAAUCAUCAGAUCUCCGCAGUCCAGCACCACAAAUCCGCAGUUGGUGAUAAGGAAUGUGACCAACAUCCAGACGACUCCCACAACGCCCACAAGCAGCAAAGAGGCGCCCGCCUUCAAAACGCCAUCGCCAAGGCAGAAGCAAAUGCCAUCGCCGAAGAGCAAAACUCCGGUGGUCUCACCCUCAGGAGGAGGAAAUAUGCCAGCCACCAACGAGUUCAAGCGGUUUAUGACACAGGCGAAGCAGCAACCGCAAGUAAAGCAGCAUCAGAACCCAGCAGCAGCUGUAACUGCUCCCCAAACAGCUACCUCGGUCAAUCAGGCUGCCAUGCAGCGUCUCUCCUUGAACACAACGAUCACCAAGGUAGCCAAGCAGCCUGUUUCGGUGCCAGCACCAGUUCCGGCUCCGGCUCCAGCUCCAACACCCACUCCCGCCAAGCUGCCCAUGUUGAACAAGCAGAAUAUUACCAUCAGUCGAAUCUCAAUGCAGACAGCGCCCAAGCCGCAAAUGAAGCCUCCUACGACGGCGCCUGCUUUCUCUCCUGCCCCCCAGCCCAUUCCUCUUCCGGUUCCUGCACUCAACCAAGCUCAGCCACCUCCGCUGGCGGCGCAGCACAAGAAGAUCGUGCGCAAGCCACCCGAAAAUCAAGAGUCCGCGGCCCAGAAAGCGAAACCAGCAGCGCGGCCACCGCAACAGAUUCUUCCUCUGCCAAAUCAGGAGGGUGAGAAUGCGUCGUCCAAUGCUAACGAAGCGUUUUUGCCGCCACCCACUGCAGCCCUAAUUUGUCCCACCUGCAAGCGCGAGUUUAAGAAGAAGGAGCACCUUACCCAGCACGUUAAGCUGCACGCGGGUCUGCGACCCUUCAAAUGCUCGGAAGAGGGUUGCGACAAGACCUUCAGCCGCAAAGAGCACCUGUCCCGCCACUUGAUCUCCCACUCUGGCCAAAAGAUGUACACUUGCGAGGUCUGCAAGAAACCCUUCUCGCGGAAGGACAACCUCAACAAGCACAAGAGGAUUCACACGCAGCCGGCCAACGAAACGCUUUACUCAUGCGAUGUUUGUAACAAGAAUUUCGCCACCAAGCUGCACUACGAGAAGCAUAGGGAAAUGCACAAGAAAACGCGACCGGAGAAUGCGACUCCAGUAGCAACUGCUCAUCCUGCGGCAACUUCUGCGCCUUCUCAAGUGCGUAGCAAUGGUCAGGUUCCCAAUAAGGGUGUUUAUGAAAUUAAACAGCGCGCUACUCAGCAGCAACAGCAGCAGCAGCAAACGCAAACACAGGCGCAGCCGGCACAGAUCAUGCAUGUGGUGACCACGCAGGACCUGGCCGGAAACACAAUAACGAUCACCCAAGCACCCGACUCCAAUAUGCCCACAUCUCUGGCUAACUUCGUGCAGCUGGGCUUUUCCCAGUUCCAGAAUCCGAGCGCACCAGCAGCCAAGUAAUUAGUCUGUAAGCUCGAGAAGUAGGCUCGCUGCUUUACUCCACCUUACCUCAUGUCCUAGUCCGCGGUCCAUUCCACCUCCUGGUCGCCAGUUCCUUAUUGCUUUUAGUUUGCGUAUAGUUUACCUUUUACUUAUUUGUGCAAUAUUAUUUAUACAACAAAUUAGAAACGUGUUUUUACGCUUCACUCAUUUUCUUAAUUUAUUUUAUUUUACUUCUGUGUUAUUCUAUAUUUAUUCAGUGACUCGCAGCAAUUUUAAUAGAAUAGACCCUAAGUGUGUGUGUGUAAAUUUUCCUACUAUAAGGUAUUGUAAAUAUCUGUGUAUCUAUAUAUAUGUACAAGCUGAAACAAAUUAAUGGUAAAAUACCUUUUUUGGGUGAAAAGAAUGAUUCCAUUGCAAAAAUAAAUAUAAUGUAUAAUUUAUGGCAAAAA